UGCCAUAAUUAUAGCUCUUACCUAAUAUCCUCUUCGCGUGUUAUUACAUAUCGCUCUCUUUGGCUGUUCUGAUAUGCAAUAAUGCCCGUUCUCCAGACGUUCCAACUUUGCCAGAUGUUACUUUCGCGAAGAAAGAAAACAGAAAUGAAUAGGGAAAUGUUUUUGUACAUGCAUAAAGAAUUGCCUGUGCAGAUACUUAGGAAACAUAAUAUUCAAUGUACAGUUACUUCACCAUAAUCAUUAUUAACAGUACUAAACCAGUAUGCGCGCGUAUUUUCAUAAAAGAAAAAUAUUAUAAUUUAUAAUUAUAUAAAACAAGUUAAAAUAAAGAAGUUAAACUUAUAUUAAAAACUGUGUUAUACUGUGUACUAAUCACUAAUAAAAUUUCGGCAAGAAGUAAUCAUGAUCCAGAAGUAAAGAAGUAAGAGCUAAGUGGAAGCUAAUUAAAGUGACCGUUAAAAUAACCGAUACGAUAUAAUUCACGCUAUAUAUAAAGUGAAAGAUAUUUUAUUUGAAUAAAAGUGUGUAUCACCAUGUUCAACAAUCAACGAAAAUAUCCAGAGAAUCCACGGCAAAAUGCGAAUGUAAUCUCUCUUCUUACUUAUUGGUGGACACGACAUAUCUUUCGGACUGGAUACAGAAAAGAAUUGGAAGAGACCGAUAUUUAUGCUACUCUUAUACAAGAUAGAACUAGCUACUUAGGCGAAAGUAUAAGGAAAACGUGGGAAAAAGAAAUAAAAUCAUGCACUAAAAGAAACAACCGCUCCAAGCCAUUGCUAAAGGUACUGCUACGCUGUUUUGGAAAACCGUAUCUGCUAAUUGGGAUAGCAGAAGGAUUUAUGGAAUUAUUCUCUAGAAUGUAUCAACCAUUAUUGCUUGCUAAUUUAUUACGUUAUUUUGCGAGCAACAGAGAAGAAUGGGAUAAUAAAGUAUAUUACUGUGCAGCUGGCAUAAUACUGUUGUCAUUUAUAGAUACUUUUAUUACACAUUAUACUAUACAUUAUACCAUGCAUAUCGGAUUGAAAAUUAGAAUAGCUUGUAAUGCACUAAUUUAUCAAAAAAUAUUGAAGCUUUCCAAUUCUGUACUGAGUAAUGAAACGUCUACUGGCCAAAUGAUAAAUUUUCUAAGUAGUGAUAUUACUAGAUUGGAAUCAUCUUUAUGGGAUCUGCAUUACAUUUGGAUUGCUCCUAUACAAAUCGUAUUAAUUACAUAUAUUAUAUUUUCCGAAAUAGGAUGGUCAGCGGUGAUAGGAAUGUCGAUGUUUUUACUAUUUAUUCCUUUUCAAGCGUUGUUGGCGAAAAAAAUGGCACCUUUAACGCUUAAAUCAGCAGAAAGAUCAGACGAUAGACUUAGGCUGAUGAAUCAAGUUAUCACUGGAAUGCAAGUAAUAAAAAUGUAUGUUUGGGAAAUACCUUUCUACAAUCUUGUGGAAACAGCGAGAAAGCGUGAGAUGAGCGUAAUAAAAAAGUAUUCUAUCCUAAAACAAGUAGCUCUUACUUUCGAUUGUUAUGUACCACGACUUUGUCUUUUCAUUACAAUAUUGGCAUACAUCCUGUUCGGAAAUUAUAUUAAUGCUGAAACAGUGUAUUUAGUGACAGCGUACUACAAUGUAUUACGAAACUCAAUGAUCUUUGGAUUUUCAAUGGGUCUCCAUCAGAUGGUACAGGCUUUGGUCAGUAUUCGUCGUUUACAAAAUUUUAUGAUGCACACGGAAAUUGUUAAAACGAAACAAAAUCUAGAUCAGCCGGUUGGAGAUUCAUUCGCACUUCGUAUGACAGGUGUCCAUGCUAAGUGGCAGAGCGAUGACAAAAAUGAUUCACUGUGUAAUAUAAAUUUGACUAUACCUGCCAAAAGCUUCGUAGCCGUGAUUGGUCCAGUGGGUUCAAGUAAAAGUAGCUUCUUGCAAGCCAUACUUCAGGAAUUGCCUCUGACGAGCGGAAGCAUUGAAAGUCGUGGCAGGAUAAACUACGUCAGCCAACAGCCGUGGAUCUUCCCCUCUUCUGUGAUGCAAAACAUCUUGUUUGGCCAAGCGAUGGACAAAUUACGUUACGAUAAAGUAAUCAAGAUUUGUCAGAUGGAGUCGGAUGUGGCUUUACUUCCUCAUGGCGAUCGCACUAUCGUAGGCGGAGGGAUAAAUCUGAGCGGUGGGCAACGCGCGAGAAUCAAUUUGGCACGAGCGAUCUAUCAGGACGCCGAUAUUUAUUUGCUGGAUGAUCCGCUCUCCGCCGUGGAUUCGCACGUUGGCAAACGCCUCGUCGACGAAUGUAUUUGCGGCUAUCUAAAGGAAAAAACAAGGAUAUUAGUAACACAUCAACUGCAGUAUCUGCAUUUGGUCGACCAUAUCAUCGUGAUGAACAAUGGUAGUAUCGAGCAACAAGGGACUUUUGAUCAGUUACAAGCAAUGGGCCUCGAUUUCAUGAAAGUAUUGAAAGCGACGGAUGCAAAGUCGGAGGAAACCAAAAUUGAACAUACCACAAGUCGACGACGAAGCUCAGCAAAAUAUGAAAUAAAUGAUAACAGAGAAAUCUCGGACAUUGCAGCACCUGAAACAUACGAGACGAGAGCAAAGGGUCGCAUGUCGUCGGCGGUGUUUUUUGCUUAUUUCAAGGCAAGCAAAAAACCCUUAAUUAUUGCACUAAUGAUGCUGCUUUUCAUACUGAACCAAAUAAUAUCUGGUGGUAGCGAUUACUUCGUCGCGUUUUGGGUAAAUGUCGAAUCAAAUUCAUGGCAGAAAGGUGAGAACGAUACAAUGGAAUUUCUCUGGGAGGGUAUGCUAUCUCGUGAUUCUAUGAUCUACAUAUACAGUGCUAUGAUAGCAGUCAUCAUAUUGCUCUGGCAGCUCCAGACGAUUGUGUAUUUCACCGUAUGCAUGUGGUCCUCCAUUAAUUUACACUCUGCCAUGUUCCAUAGCAUAUUACGCACUACAAUGUAUUUCUAUAAUACAAAUCCAGCUGGCCGUAUACUAAACAGGUUUGCUAGAGAUAUCAAUAUCGUCGAUUUAAUGUUGUCGAUGUGUAUAUUUGAUAUUAUAGUCAUUGGACUUAUAUCAAUCACAGUAAUAGUCAUGAUCGUAGCUGUUACCCCAUGGUUGGCCAUACCUACAAUAAUUUGUGGUUGCAUUUUUAUUUAUCUUCGCAUGAUAUAUAUUUGCACUAGCCGUAGUAUCAAACGUCUAGAAGGGACAACACGCUCACCGAUUUUUGAUCUUCUCGGAGCAUCGUUGCAAGGCCUGACAACAAUAAGAGCUUCCAAUGCUGAAGAGAUAUUAAUGGCGGAUUUAUGUAAUCAUCAAGAUCUUAAUUCAUCUGCCGGCUUUCUUUUCAUGAGCACUUCACGAGCCUUUGGUUUUUACCUUGACUUGCUCUGUCAGCUUUACAUCGGGGUGGUAAUUGUCAUCUUUACGGCCUUUGAUGGUUUGGCCGUUGUGGGUAACAUCGGUCUAACAAUCACGCAGAUCAUGGGACUGACAAAUAUGUUGCAAUGGGGAGUCAGACAAACGGCUGAAUUAGAAAGCCAAUUAACAUCAAUCGAAAGGAUUCUCGAAUACAGUCACUUGCAAGAGGAGCCGAUGAUCGACAGUAAGCCGGAAACGAAACCGCCGGACGAUUGGCCGACAAAGGGUCAUGUAGAAUUCAAGGACGUGAGUCUGAAGUACAGUCCUACAGGCAUUUACGUCCUCAGAAAUAUCAGCUUUAAUGUCAUGCCGAAGGAGAAGAUUGGUAUCGUCGGUCGAACCGGCGCGGGCAAGUCGUCUCUAAUCAACGCUCUCUUCCGUUUAGCUUGCGUUGAAGGCGAAAUCUAUAUAGAUAAAGUUUCCACUGACGCUAUUGCUUUGCACGAUUUUCGCUCAAAGAUUAGUAUCAUUCCUCAAGAGCCGUUCCUAUUUACUGGCAGCCUGCGACAAAAUCUUGAUCCUUUUGAUCAAUAUUCAGAUGCCGUGCUUUGGCAGGCUCUUCAGGAUGUCGAGUUGAAAGAAACAAUUUCCGAGAUGGCAGCUGGACUGAAUACCAAGGUGUCGGACGAGGGAUCGAACUUCAGUGUUGGUCAACGACAACUGUUGUGUCUCGCACGCGCUAUUAUUAGGAAUAAUCGUAUCAUGGUGUUAGACGAGGCGACUGCCAAUAUCGAUCCUUAUACAGAUUCCCUCAUACAAAAAACAGUUAGAACGAAAUUUCUAAACUGUACUGUGUUCACCAUAGCUCACAGAUUAAAUACCAUUAUGGAUAACGACAGAAUAAUUGUAAUGAAUGCUGGAUGUCUUGUGGAAUUUGAUCAUCCAUAUGUUCUUUUACAACUGAAAGGAUGGUUUUACAGUAUGGUGCAACAGACUGGUGUUUCGAUGGCUAAAAAUCUUGUCGACAUAGCUACAAAAAGUUUCUAUGAGAAACGUACCGUCCAAAAGUCACCAUCGAGAUAAUACCAAUUAUGUAUUUAAUUUCUCACAAAUAUAUUCUCCCCUUAUAAUUCAAUGAUAAUCUUAUAACUUAAAAAUAAUAUUUCAAAAAAAUGAUGUCAAGUUUAGGCGCUGCAAAUUAUUUAAAUUUAUUCUUCUAUCAAAAAGAUUAUAAUUAGAGACCUACACUAAUUAAAAGUAUAUUUAAUGCAAAAAAGUUUCGUUACUAGAUUCAAAGUAAUAUGCAAAGUAUCACAUUAACAAUUAAUUUUACACAUUAACUAUCUUACAAUUAGUGCUCCGUGUCUGUCUGUCUGUCUCUCCAUCUUCCUCUCUUUCUUUUCUUCCCCUCAUCCUUUACUCAUCCUCAUCCUCUUCCUUUACUCUUCCUUCUGCUUGCUUUCAGCAUUUUCCUUCCUCCGUUUUUCUCUCUCCUUUAUUAGCAUUUGCAUUUGCAGUUAAUUAAUAAUGUUAAUAAUGCAUCUUUUUAUUCAUAAGAUAGGGAUUAUCAGAAAACCAAUAGGAGAGUUUUAAUAACAGAUUCUUUUAAUUUUUAUUUAGUUAUUCCGUACCAAGGAUGUCAAAGGUCAGCAUUUAUUGCAAUAUUUUACUAUUUUUUGGCACAAUAUUUUUAAAUAUACAUAUUUUGAAAAUAUUAUAAAAUAUAAAAUAUAUUUUCAAAAUACAUUUGUAUAUCGUAACAUACAUUAAAUAAAAAUAUGUUAUUCAAAAUCAAUUAAAAAUGUAAUUUUGUUAUAAUAAUGGAUGAAUAAAAAAAUUCAAUAUUUCCGCUAUGGGAAGACACUC